AUGGGAUUGUAAUUGGGUAGCUGACUGUAAAUGCAAAGCAGUGCAAUACAAACUGUGUUGGAUAAAGUGUGACACAAAAACAUCGCACUAUGUUUCUUCCGAACUGGUCAUGCGUGCGUUUUUAAUGAAAAGAAAUUUCUUCAAAUAGAAAAACUGAAAGCAAUUUCGAAGAAAAAUUGCCAAAAUGCUUUAACCUACAAUAAUAAAAAACCAACAAAAAUAAUAACAAAAGCGGAAGCAAAAUCGACUGCUAAGAGCAAUUGCGAAAAUGCAAUAAAAUAGAUGAAUGUAAAAUAUUGACACAACAACAAUAACAACAGGCUAUUGAACUAGUAAAGUGGACCGCAACUAAAGCAAAAACAAGAAAAAAAACCCAUUAAUAAAAGCAACAGCGUACAAAGUAAUCGCAACAACAACAGCAAAGUAAACAAUCGAACAGCUUAAACAAACGAAGAAGGCGGUGCCAGCGGCCAAGCGACAAACGGCAAACGGCAAAAGGGCGGCAGCGUCCAGGGUUACGGUGCGAGUACGACAGAGGGACAAUGACAAGAAUUGCUAGAAUGGCAAGAAAAAUGGCGACCGCAACAAAAUUCGCCAUCGCGGUUGGCAACAUUCUCACAAUAUUUAUGGCAAUGACGGCAUUGUGUGCGUGGCGUGUGGAUGGGCAGUCACAGCCACAACCACAACCGUCGUUACAGUCACAGUCACAGCUACUACAGAGCCAAUCAGUGGUGCCACAGCAGCAACAACAAGCGUUGUCCGCAUCGCAAGCGACACCACAUAAAUACCAGGAAUUGCAAUAUCAAUUGCAACAACAACAGCAACAGCAAUAUGAAUAUCAGCAACAGCUGCAUCAACAAUUGCAACAGCAACAGCAACAACAACAGCAUCAGCAAAAAACACUUUAUCAACAAAAGCAACAGCAACAACAACAACAAAAGUAUCAGCAGCUACAACACAAGGAACAAAAGCAGGAUAAGACGAGCUAUGAGCAGCCGGCGGCGACGGUGUUGGCGGGGGAGCAGCAGCAUACAGUUCCCACACAGGUCAUAACAUUGCUGUCAGCUGCAGUCAACCAACUGAGAUGCGAGGGCGCCAGCGUAGUCAAGCAACAGCAGCAAUUGCCGCUUCAGUUGCGUUAUUCACCGCUAUGGCACCGCUUUAUGAGCGUUGAAUGCCUGCAAAAGCCUUUAUUUCAUUUCAUUUCAUUUAUUAAUGCUGCACAUUUUCAGCCAUCGCCAUCGCCAGUAAACUUGUAA